AAAGGCAAUUUAUGAAAUUUCAGAUUUUAAUAAUAUAUAUAAAUAAUAAAAUAAAUUAAAAAAAUACUUGGUAUUACGUUGCAAAAAUUCUGUUUGAUAUAAUGGCGAGCGAGGUACGCUCUGGAGUUCUACAUGUUCAAAAAGUUAGUGGCCUCGUCAAAAAAUUCCAAAAGCGAUAUGUUGCAUUGUUUAAAAGAUCCCCACACGGUGUCUCUAGACUAGAAGUAUACGAUUCAAAAGACCAGUAUGAGAAACGGAACAAAGGCCCGAAGAAACAUAUUAUUAGUCUCGAGUCCUGCGCUACGAUCACACGUAAGCCAGUCUAUGAAGGAAAAAAAGUUGAUUUCUAUAUCACGCUGACAUUUGAUGACAGCAAAGAGCAACUUUUUCAAACCGAUUCUGAAGAUGAUAUGGAAUUAUGGUACGCUUCAAUGAGUAGCGUUAUCUUCGGGGGAGCCGGUCUCACAGAUAACGUUAUUUACCAACAGUAUGAAGAGGACGGAUAUGAUGUUGUCAUCAAACAAAACGAUGUUGUCAACAAAUUAAAACUAAGUGGGAUGUAUUCUCUUGUCGUCUCAGCGGAAGAUGUUGAAUUACGUGAUAAAGGAACGAAGCAAGUCAUUACCAGGUGGCCGCUACAAUUAUUACGAAAAUAUGGGCGCGACAAGCAAGAAUUUUCUCUCGAAGCAGGCCGGCGUUGUCCUACAGGACCGGGAAUGUUUUACUUCAUUACUGAUCAUUACAACGCGAUUUUUCAAGAUGUUGAUAAUAAAGUUCGUAAUCUUGCAGAAAGAGGCCGUGCUCACAGCACAUCAAGCACGAAAGCAGGUGUUUCCCCAACUUUUAAACCUCCUGAUAGCCCAUUGAUUCAAACCUCUGUUCCUCCAUCUCCGUUUAGAGACGGCGAAAGCGAAUACGAUAACCCACUAGACAUGAGAAAAAGCGCAGCAAGUAUUGAAGAGUCUAUCUACAACGAACCAGUAAACUCGAAACCCUCAAAGAAGGGACAGAAAGGCAAACCAGAAAAUCCUACUGCAAAAGGCAAAGGCGGGAAACUUGGACCUCAAAAACCAGACCGAUCGAAUCCCAAAAAGAAAGACAAAAAAGGUAUGAAAGGUCAAAGUUUACCGGCCCCACCCCCACCGCCCCAAGUAGAAGAAGCAAUGUACGCAGAGGCUACAAAUCUUUCCGGUGACUCAGAUGCGCAAGCUUAUGGCCGUCUCGAUUUCGAAGGAACGGGAAUUGCGAAGCGUUUUUCAAACACAAGUAGCGACAACCAAUACGAUUCUCUCGAUUCAAAGUGGAAUGAAGAAGAUACUACUUAUGCUACAGCUGGAUCGAUUAAUCAACGGUUGUCAGGUCUUUCUACUGAAGAGGAAGGCCUCUAUGAUAAGGUACAAAGGAAAUGAUAGACUUCACUAAUCUUUUUGGAGAAGUUUCUUUCUGUAUACUAGAGACUGGGAGAUAUUUAAAAAAAAUUUAAAGUACUUUUAGAAUAUUUCUUUUUUUCAAACAGGAUUCUCCUGCUGUCUUAAGCAUUUUAUAUGCUUGCUUCAAAAAUCAAAUCUGCUGUCCAAAACUGAAACCAAUAGUUCCUACAGAGGAAGCCAUUUAAAUAGCAGCAAUUGGGGCCAUCUUUCCAUCCCUAUACUGUCUAUAUGGCUGCCCAAUAGCCCACUAUGGGAGAGGCCAUUCAAAUGGCGAUUGGUACCGUACAUCCACCCAUCCCUAUUUCUAACCUUCUGCCUAUAUGGCAAGCCAAUGGCCCUCAAGGCAAGUUAUUCAUCAAAUGGCAAAUAGGACCGUGUAUGUAGACCCAAUUUAUUUCUAAAUUACAUGAUUUGACUGAAUCCUAGCAGCAUUGAAGCAUGACUUGACAGCACAAGGCAUAUUCUGUUGGGAUGAAAUUAUGCUGCCAAGAGGAAUACUUUUAGACAGUUUAUUCCCAUUUUUGGCCAACACCAAGCCAGUCCCUUUUAUCUGUAAAAAUUUUAUUUUUCCUUUUACUUAUUUUCAAACAUAUAUAUCCAAGAAAAUAUGCAUUUUUAUUGCAAAUAUUGUCAUUGUUUUAUUAAUAGAUUAUUGUGAUCUUUGCUUAUAUGUUUUACUUAAUAAUCCAUAACACUCUUUGAUAGAAGCUAAUAUUUUAUUGUUUCAUUUUCCAAUACUGAGCUACCGCAGACGUAGAGAAAUAUGGAUGGGUAAAACAGACUUAUUUUCUAUUUUCUACCAAGACUCAGAAAUGACCAUAAGUGAAUAAUAUACUAUUGCAAUUUUGAUCAGAGCAAUGUCUCAAGCCCUCAACUAAAAUUGAAAGAGUACUGAUAGAAGUGAUGGUCCCAAGCUCUUGACUAAAAUUGAAAAAAUAUUGAUUGAGAGGUUGCAAGUUUGAUCAAGGCAAUGUCUCGAGCCCUCAAUUAAAAUUGAAAGAGUACUGAUAGCAGAGUUAUAAGUUUACUCAAAGCAAGGUCUCGGGCUCUCAACUAAAAGUGUGAAGAGUACUGAUAGAAGUGAUGGUCCCAAGCUCUUGACUAAAAUUGAAAAAAUAUUGAUUGAGAGGUUGCAAGUUUGAUCAAGGCAAUGUCUCGAACCCUCAAUUAAAAUUGAAAGAGUACUGAUAGAAGAUUUCCAAGUCUGCUCAAAGCAGGGUUUUGAGCCCUCAACUGAAAGUGGAAAGAUUACUGAUAGAAGAGUUGGUCCCAAGCCUUGCAUUCAAAGUGGGAAUAGUACUGUUAAAGUUGCAAAUUUUUUUUGCUCUAAACCGCUUUGAACAUAUAAAGUUAGGCUCCUUUCUUUCGUAUUAUUGACUAUUAGAUCUAAUCACAGAUGUCGCUGCUCGUUAAACAGUUUUGACUUAUUGCGUCUUCCUCCACCCUGAAAUGCAAUAUUUAUGUUUCUUCAAUAUAUUGUUCCUUGUUUGUAUAAAGUGUAUUUUUGGUAUGGUGAAAAAUCUAAUGGUUAUUCUUGUUGGCAUAUGGAGGUGUAUUAAACGAAGUAAAUAUUCUGAACAAUUACUGAUUAAAAAACAAAAAACCUGGUUAAGAUAUCUUGAGAACUGACUUCAUAACAAAAUUGAAAUUCUAAAGGACUUUAUCAUAGACUUUAUCCUGUAUAUCCUGCUGACUUCGUAGCAAAAUUUUGAGUUUGUAACAGGACAUUAUGAACAAUAUGUAUAUUCCUUUGAGCGUUUAAAAUCCAAAUUAUUGACAAGACAGGAAUCUAGAUAUGCACUAUAAUGUCUGUCAAAUUUUUUUUAACCAAAAUUAAAAAGCAUCUACAUAACAAGCCUAAUCAGAGUUAGAAAUACGAUAAUCAAAUUCACACCAUAUAUGAUUUGAUAUAAAUACUUCAAAAAAAUUUCCAUGUAACAGCCAUGCUAAGGUAGUGACUCAUGGUCCGUUACAUACAUGUAAUGUGCAUUACUCAUAAAUGCUGAAUCGUCACAGAUUCCUAUUUUUAACGUUCAUUAAUCGCUGGAAUGUAUAUUGAUAAUGACAUGUAUAGGUAUGCUUUUUCCUGGAACAAAAAGCCGCACAGUUUAUACAAACAUAAUAUAGAGCCAAAUCUUACUAGAGGUGGCCAAAAACCGAAUAAUUAUCUACAUUUCUGAGUAUGAUAUAAUGAUGUAAGGAUAUUUUUGAACAUGAAAUAAUAGAUAUACAGGGUAUUCAUAAUCUUACCAGGGUAAUAUAUCUUAACCAGGUUUUUUCUUUUAUUUUGAUCACCUUUUUUUACUUUAUAUAAUACGCCUUUAAGUGUCAAAAAACUAUCUAUGAUAUCCAGGGGCGUAGCAAGUCUUAGCAAGCCUAAAGGACGAGGUUUGGAAAAUCAGAAUCAAAAUUUUCAUGCAACGGCUUGUAAAACAGGGGCCGCGAUAAUGCAACUCAUUAAAAUAGCUGACUUUUUCAACGAUAGCGACUUCUUGUUGCCUAAAAUAUUCAAGUCAUGACCAAUGUGAACAUUUAAAAUGUCUUGCUAUAUUAAUUUGUGUUUAUUUAUUGUGUUUAUUGGAAAUUUCGUCCAGAACCCCAAAUUAUCUGUUCUUGGCUUUCCUUGCUAGGAUUCCUUAUUUGCUGUUGCCAACGGAAACAAUACCAAUGUCAAAUUUUGAUUGUUAUAAAAAUGAAAGUGGUUUUCGAUUUAUUUCGAUUUCACUAUCGCUGAGUUAAUGUUUAAUAAAUUACAUUAUAAUUUUGUUAUAGUUUGGUUUAAAAUCGGCCAAAUCAAAAAUGGACACAAGGCACUACCUAAAAUCAAAACUAAAACAGUUACAACCUUGAAAUUGACCAAAAGGUUCAUAAUGACAGAAGAUCAGAAAUUCCAUUUAUAAAAUAUGUAACAAAAAUUACUUUAUAAAAAAUAUAAUGUAAUUCAUUGAACCUAAUGUCUAUGUCUGAAGAAAUUACGGUCAGGUUGGUAUAUUGAUGCAUUAUAGUAAAAAGAAUUGAAUAAUAAUGCAUGGCUAGCCUAUGCUAUCAAAACUUGGCCAACAUCGAUUUUAAAAGCGUUCAAGUGCGACCUGGCGACAUAGAAUAAUAAUAUUCUGACCAGUUAGGGUCCAUUGGUCAUUCUUAGCAGGGUAUAGAAGUCUGAAUAGUGCCAAACUAGACAAAAAAUAAAUUUUUAAAAACCUUGUACUAAACAAUUUUUUGGGAGAUAUUUUUGUCAUGCUUUUACCAAAAACAAUCAGGUUGUAAACUUUUGAUUAUUUUUUUUGUGGAUAUAUUGUUAUGUAUUUAUUGUUAUAAAUUUGAUUUCAUUUUUGCUAUUUUAAUAUUGAAGAUCAUUUAUGCCAGAUUAUUUAAAGGGAGCCGUGGUAAAGUUCCAUUAGAAUCUUAGACUUUUGAAUAAUUAAAAUUUUCACUACCCCACCAAUGCCCGAGAGAAAAUUUUGAUUCUUUCCAAUUCAAGACUAUGAUGAGUUGUCACAGCUCUGGGCAAUAGAGGCCAACCUGCCUCUGCAUUCUGUGUCAAUUCGUUCAUUAAUUAUUAACAGGGAAUACAAAUUGUGGUGUGUUUUAGUGUUCACCGAUUUUAAUUAGCUUCCUUGGAACAUGUCCUUCUUAUAAUGGCAUGUUCACUGCCUGUUACUCGUCAUUUUAUUUUGAAAGGGAACUGUGUUUAGUGAACUUGCGCUGGGAAUCGUACCUAGCACUGUCUGCCACUGAUUUUUUGUUGCAUGAAGACUGAUUUUGGUUAGACAAAAUGUUAUGAAUUUGUUGAAACGUGAAGCAAUACUAUUAUACAUGACAAUAUUUCAAGUGUUUCUUUUUUUGUAGAAAAUAAUGAUAAAUUGUUUUUUUUUGUGCGUUUCUAUAAUUAUGCUGCAAUUUUUAUGUUCCUAUUUAUCUAGAAUAUAAUAAUGUACAUGAAAAAAUUAUUUUUAGCAUG